GUCUACCGGUUAUUUCCGUGUAUUGCAUUUUGUAAUAACUAUUAAAUUCUCAAACUAUAUUUUAAAAACCACUAGAAAUGGCUGAUGCUGCGGCUAGGCAGCUUCAGUAUGAAUACAAAGCGAACUCCAAUCUUGUCCUUCAAGCUGAUGUGCGUUUGAUAGAACGGAGAAGACGUGAUGAGGCAACAGGUGAGGUUAUGUCCCUUGUGGGCCGCUUGGACGGCACCCGCAUGGGAGACAGGUUCCAGCGCACUAAGCCGGUCAAAGCAGAGGAAAGAAAAGUCAAACGUCAAAAGCGUGAUGAAGCGCAGUAUGAUUUCGCUCGCAUGAAGGGAGCCACUCUACUCUCUGAGGGAGUCGAUGAAAUGGUCGGCAUUCUUUAUCGACCCAAAACACAGGAAACUCGCCAGACAUACGAAGUGUUGCUCAGUUUCAUACAGGAAGCUCUUGGGGACCAGCCUCGUGAUAUCCUGUGUGGAGCUGCUGAUGAAGUUUUAGCUGUGUUGAAAAAUGACAGACUGAAGGAAAGGGAGAAGAAAGUAGAGACGGAGUCACUUCUAGGUGGUCUGGCUGAGGAGAGGUUUGCCCUGCUCGUUAACCUCGGCAAGAAGAUCACCGAUUUCGGCACUGAGGAGAAAGUCAAUGCAGCUGAGGAAAAUAUUGAUGAGACGUAUGGCAUCAACGUGCAGUUUGAAGAAUCGGACGAUGAAGAUAUGUAUGGUGAAGUGAGAGAGGGGGAAGAAAUGGAAGAGGAGGGAGAAGAAGCUAAACUGAAUACUGCCAUUCACGCCGAAAAUGUAGGAAUAUAUUUUUUCAUUUUUUUAGUUGAGGUUCAUGCUCACAAGAGCCCCAUGCUUGUAGCCAGACUAAUGUUAAUCAGUAUUAUUCAGAUGCUGGGCGCAGCUGGCUGA